AUGUCUUCGAGCUUCAUCCUGACCCUUUCUGGCCCCGAUCGUCCGGGAAUUGUCCAUGCAGUCACUGCAUUCCUGGUGCAGAACAACCUCAAUAUCAUCGACUCGUCACAAUUUGGCGACCCCACCUCGGAACGCUUCUUCAUGCGCACUCAGUUUGCACCUGCAACUGGAAGCGAUGUGAUCCUCGAGCUCGAGAAAUUGCGCACGCAGUUUGUGGCCACCGCCGAAUCAUUCGCUCUUGACUUCGAAAUCAACCCGACUGUGAAGAAGCCCCGCGUCCUGAUCAUGGUCUCGAAGAUUGGUCACUGUCUCAACGACUUGCUCUUCCGCCAAUCCACCGGCCAAUUGAACAUCGAGGUGCCGCUAAUCGUUUCCAACCACCCGGACUUUGCGACGCUCGCGGCUACCUAUAAUAUCCCAUUCUAUCACCUCCCCGUCAACGCGGCGACGAAGGCACAGCAAGAAGAGCAAAUUUUGGAGUUGGUGCGCGAACACAACAUUGAUUUGAUUGUACUGGCACGUUAUAUGCAGGUGUUGUCCCCUAUGCUGUGCUCCGCCAUGUCCGGGCGCAUCAUCAACAUCCACCACAGCUUUUUGCCCUCCUUCAAAGGUGCCAAGCCUUAUCACCAGGCGUACGACCGCGGUGUCAAGAUCAUUGGUGCCACCGCCCAUUUCGUUACCAGCGACCUGGAUGAAGGCCCGAUCAUCGAACAGAACGUUGUGCGGGUCAAUCACGGCAUGAGCCCCAAGGAGCUGACCCAUGCUGGCAGCAACGUGGAGAGCAACGUCCUCGCCGCCGCAGUCAAGUAUGUCACCGAGCGCCGUGUGAUCUUGAACGGCCACAAAACCGUUGUAUUUAAUUAA